CUAGCUCUCCAAGCUGAUUAUCUGGGCUGCCCCUGACAUUUGUCCAUCUCCCAGGGCCUCUCUGGAGCAGCCAUGAAGUCCCUGGUCCUGCUCCUUUGUUUUGCUCAGCUCUGGAGCUGCCAAUCAGCUCCACAAGGUGCAGGGCUGGGUUUUCGAGAAUUGGCUUGUGAUGACCCGGAAACAGAGCAUGUAGCUUUGAUAGCCGUGGACUACCUCAAUAAACAUCUUCUUCAGGGAUUCAGGCAGAUCUUGAAUCAGAUUGACAAAGUCAAGGUGUGGUCUCGGCGGCCCUUCGGAGAGGUGUAUGAGUUGGAAAUUGACACGCUGGAGACAACCUGCCACGCUCUGGACCCAACCCCCUUAGCAAAUUGUUCUGUGAGGCAACAGGCCGAGCAUGCGGUGGAGGGAGACUGUGACUUCCACAUCCUGAAACAAGAUGGCCAGUUCAGGGUGCUACACGCCCAGUGUCAUUCCACACCAGACUCUGCAGAGGACGUUCGGAAGUUUUGCCCACGAUGCCCAAUCCUGAUCCGGUUCAAUGACACCAACGUGGUCCACACUGUCAAAACUGCCCUGGCUGCCUUCAAUGCACAGAAUAAUGGAACCUAUUUUAAACUGGUGGAGAUUUCCCGAGCUCAAAAUGUGCCUUUCCCGGUGUCUACUCUCGUGGAGUUUGUGAUAGCUGCGACUGACUGUACUGGUCAGGAGGUCACAGAUCCAGCCAAAUGCAACCUGCUGGCAGAAAAGCAAUAUGGCUUCUGCAAGGCGACUCUCAUCCACAGACUUGGUGGGGAAGAGGUUUCAGUGGCCUGCAAGUUAUUCCAGACACAGCCCCAGCCAGCCAAUGCCAACCCUGCAGGUCCUGCACCCACAGUGGGCCAAGCUGCGCCUGUAGCCCCACCAGCUGGCCCACCUGAAUCCGUGGUGGUAGGACCCGUGGCAGUUCCUCUAGGACUUCCAGACCACCGAACCCACCAUGACCUACGGCAUGCCUUCUCUCCUGUGGCUUCUGUGGAGUCGGCCUCAGGAGAAGUUCUUCACUCACCUAAGGUGGGCCAGCCUGGUGACGCUGGUGCUGCUGGCCCAGUGGCCCCCCUGUGCCCAGGGAGAGUCAGAUACUUCAAGAUCUAGGCUUGACUCAGGGAAGUAAGGUUUUGGCAGGCAGGACAUAGCCACCACUGAAGUAGAGGGCUUGUCCACUGACCAAGCAAGUACCACAUCAUAGCUUGAAUUCCAGGUCUCUUCAUUCCCCAGAGAAAAGGGGCAGAGAGGUGAUGGUUAAAUUUGUUGAAAGCCAGCAGCAGCAACACUAGCACUUGUGGGGUGACAGACUACUGUCAUUUGUUUCUUUGCCUUCUCACUGACCUCAUACAAAGCAGUUGCAAGCGCGACUGUGAAAGGUGCUCUCACCAAACUUCAAUCUACCCAUAAAUAAAAGUACCCGAAGGAGCUUUCUUAAACAAGAAGGUUCUGAGCCGAGUGUGGUUGUG